CCUCGGUCUCGAAUUUUGCGGGCAGCGGGGCGGCGGCGGCGGCGGCGCGGGAGCGGCAGGAUCUUGCGUAUCGUCAAAUGGACCGGGUCUCGAAAACAGAGGCGCGGGAGCGGCGCGGGGGCGGGCAACGAGCGGUGCACUCCAGUCGAGCGGUGACCGUCCCGUGUUGCGCGUCUGCAUUGUAGUAUAGUGUUGUACUUUUUUUUGUGACGUUUCAAAAUGUCCUCGGACGUGCAAGAGCAAAUUAUUUCGGCAAUCUUUGAGAGGAGACCCAUAUGGAACAGCAAAGAUGUGAACCAUAAAAAUAGAAGAAUAAUUAAUCAAUUAUGGGAAGAAAUAAAAAACGAACUGAAUAUUGAAGUGACCGAUUUAAAGAAGAAAUGGAAAAAUUUAAAAGAUCACUAUAGAAAGGAAUUAAAAAAAAAUCCUGCCCCUAGAUCAGGAGAUGCCGGAAAUGUUAAUCAACCCUCAAAUUGGCAAUAUUUUUCUCAAUUGAGGUUUUUGCAAGAUGAAGUUGUACCAAAUGUUACUGAGGGUAAUUUAAGCAGACCUGAAGUAAGUAAUCAGAUAAGUAAUGAUUCGUUUGAGACAGAAGACAUAUCUGGAGAAAACUCUCAAGAAGAUACAACCGGUCAUAAUGAAGAAUCUUCUAUUUAUCCACAACAACCUUCUACAUCCUCACAAGAGGCUCCUUUUCCGACAUUUUACAACACUACUCCUGUUUCUUCUCAAGAAGCUUCUACAUCAUUGCAAGAAAUUUCUACGCCUCCAAGAGAAGCUUCUGCGUCACAACGAUCAAGAAAAAAGAGAACAGCGAAUGACAUAAGAACUGAAUUUUUAGAAUUGGAAAGGAAAAGGAUAAGACUGCUGGAAAAUGAUUUAUCAAAUCAAAGUAGAAACGAGGCUUCUAGAAAUGAGAAUAAGUCUGAUGACUACUACUUUUUUAUGAGUUUACUUCCACAAAUGGAAAAAUUCACGCCCUUUCAAAAGUUUAGAGUAAGACAAAAAAUUAAUCAAGCUCUUCUAGAUGAGUUAAGUGUAAAUGAAAGCACGUACCCUUCUAAUGAAUCAUAUAUGUAUGGGUAUAGUACUCAACAAUAGAGGUAUAUCAAUCUUAUAAUGAAAAUACUGUCAAUAAAUAACAAAACUGUGAUUUAAAUAGUUAACUAAUCGUCGUACAGAUGAGAACUUUAAUUUUAGAGAGAAGAUUUAGUUUUAAGAUUAGCGUGGAAUUAUUAUACUGACCACUA